AGAAUCUGAUGCUAGGCUAGGCAACAAGCUCGCUUAAGGCUGCCCACGAUCGAGCCCCGGGCCUCCUGAGCUCGCGGGUUUCUACGUCGACAGCCAUUUUAAGGCUGCCCACGCACUAGACACAACUAUGUUUACGAAGCACCUCCUUGCGAUCCUCGCCCUCGCGGUCGGCGCCUCCGCCGCAUGCAAGGAUUGCAACAUCGCCAAAAAUGGCAUGUGGGAUGUACAGUGCGGCGCUUUUUACGAGGAGUCCAGCAAAAUUGCCGACUGGACGCCGACUUUGUUCCGUCGCCGCCUCGAGGCGGGAGACAAGGCGGACCUCAACAAGUUCCAAGCCAUACAGCGCCAGGGUCGCAUCGACGCGGGCGACAAGACAGAAGCGGCUGACCAGACGAGUCGCCGCCUCUCGGUCUGCGACGACUCGUGCAUAUAUGCCAACAACGGGGCAUGUGGCGACGGGGAGGCUGGAAGUGUGAACUGGUACUGCGCGUGUGGCACGGACUGCUCCGACUGCGGCGAGCGGGCUUCGUGCGACUACACCGUGACCGACACCUAUUCAGGCUGCUCGAACUCGUGCAUUCAUUUCGUCGACGGGGAGUGCGACGACGGACAGACUGGGGCUACGACGUCCUUGUGCGCCUGUGGCACGGACUGCACGGAUUGCGGCGAGCGGUCUUCGUGCGACAACCCGAUCGACGACGACGACUAUAUCACCGGAAGCACCUUCUCGACCGACUCGGACUUCGAGUGCAUGAAGGACGUGUGCUGCGCCGAGGACGAGGACGACUGCUGCGAGCUGAACGUCGGCCUCGUCGCCGGCCUCGCGUGCGGCGGCCUCGUCUUCAUCUUGUGCUGCGUCGCGCUGUGCUGCUUCACGUGUACGGGCUGCCCCGCGUACAAGGCCCGGCACAAAACAACGCAGAGCGGAAUACCAAAGGGCGAGGCGCCGCCGCCGGCCCCAAUCACCCUGGGCGGCGUGGAGGUCGAUGUCUCUCAGGAGGGAGUGUGCUCGCCGCGCCGUGUGAACAUGGUUUACGCGCCGCUCGCGACGUGGUACAACACGACCGGGAAGGGCGCCGCGCUGCGCGCGAAGCACGGGCCGCUCCCCGCGAAUCCAGACGCGUUCAACAAGUGGGCGUCCAUGAAGGAGGUCACCAUGGCGUUCCUUGACGACGCGGGCGUGCCCCCCGCCUUCUAGCGCAUCCUCGCCACCGCCGCCGCGGCGCUCUAGGCCACGUCGCCCAAUUCCUCUGCAGAUUCCCCCCAUCAUCACGAUCGCUCUCCGAGUCGCUCGGCGCGGACCUACUCCGCCCUUGACCGCUGGCUCCCCUCCUCCUUGAACCGCUCGGGCUCCGCCCCCGACCGCCCUAAG